AUGCUUGUAGCCUGCGGUGGCCGGUGGGUGUCCGGCGGGUGUCCACAGGGUGUCCCAAGUCUGCCCAUUUGGCGAGGUGAAGAUGUCGGAGUAGAAGGAGGGGCGAGGACCUGCACCAGUGACCGGCGCCCUGUCACCGCCGCCGCCUCCCCCGCCACCACCAGCGCCCCUCCCCCGAACGGUACCCCAGGGAGUGUCUGGUUCCCCCAGCACCGCGGGAGAACCAGCCUCCUCCCCCACCGCCACCGCUAUGGGCCUCCACCACCAUCUGUGAGACCUUCACCUCCCCACUACUAUAGCCGCAAUUACCCCCCAACCCCCCAGUGCACGUUAACCCCCCCACCCAGGACCCCCCAGCCGUCUGAACGCCCUCCCACCUGUUGUGUAAACACCUCUCCCCCCGUUAGAACCUCAUCGUCCCCUCAGUAUCUGGCCCCCCCGCCAUUUCGCCCCCCCACACGCCGUCUCCUUGGACCCCCCCGCGCGUGGCGUCGCAAGCCCCCCGCGCCCACGAUCAAAGUCCCUCAGCUGCCCAGCCUGAGCGAGAACACGCGGAGACUCCCACGAGGUCUUCGUCAGCACCUUCAGGAGUCCCUACAACGCCUCCGGCAGGUGGCACCGCUCAGCAGUCACGAAGGUGAGGAGAACGGAAAGAAAGAAGAAAGGAGGAACGAAGACGAAGAAGGAAGGGAAGCUUCUGAGGAAUCCGCGAUAACCAGGACUUCCUCGGAGGCCGAGAGAGAAUCCUUCGAGACAGAGAAGGACGGAAGGAUCAGAGAGGACGCUGCGCCCACGCCAGACCCGCCGAAGGAAGACCGGCCUGGCCAAGGACGCUCCCAAGGGUCUCCAUUACUGAAGGCCCGAGCCAAUAGCGUCACGAGUGACUACUUCAGUGAUUCGGGAGAAGCAUCUUUAGGACUCCCGUCGCUUAUUCACGACCACGAGUUCAUCCUAAAUCUCGAUCACGUGGACGAAGAGUCUUUGAGUUCGAGGACAUCGAAAACGGAAAGCAGAGCAGCAUCUAGGAACACGCUACGCUUCGAGUCGUCAUCGGUAACACCUCCACCGGAGUAUCCCCUAGAAGAUGAGGAUAUCCGUUUUCUCUCUAGUGAGAACGGUGAUGCUCGUUUUCUACGUUUGAGCGAUACAGAGAGCGAUCGUUUUCUCUCAUCAUCUGACAAAGAAAACUGCCAUCGAGAAGAGAAAUUGGAAGGCAGACUGAAGCAAAAUUUUCUAGCCAAUCAAAGUGCCAAAAAGGACUUCCUUAAACUAGUACCUGAGACUAGAUUAUUAACUGUGAAGUCUUUACGUGGAUCUAACCUUUCUCUUGAACAGAUUUCUCAUUCUAUCAAGAGCACAAGUCAAGUUAACAGCUCUGCACCGGAACUCUCUUGUUCCAAAACUCUUCUAUCUUCAAACCUGGAACCUCAGUGUUCCGACCCCCAAGUUGGUGCCAAAUUGUGCCGCGGUCUAGAACCAGCGGCGUCAUGGCACCCGUCAUAUAACGCUUCGCCAGCACCUGUUAUUUCAAUUAAAGUUGACGAACCAGACACUGCAAAUAUGGAGAAUGAUAAAGGUGCGACAAGCGGCAUGGGAGCGUUGGCUCCGCUCAGCUUCUCGUUGUCUUCGCUAUCGGGGUCGUCUAGCCCAGCGCUAGAGUCCGUCAGCCCCGCGAGGACUCCCGCAGAACUACAUACCAACUCUCUCAACCGGCGCAGGUCCAAACGGAGCAAUGACCGGGAGGCUGCCAGAAGGUCCUGGGGCCCCGCAGACAAGGAGGAGGGCAACAGGGAAUUUUGGGCAUCGAUACAAGAACCUUAUGACUACAUCAUGGGCAGCAAUCUUAUUCCAGACUCCUGCCAGGUUGGAGACACGACAGAAGCCCCAUCCUCAGGAGAGUUUGAACUAAGUUGGGACAGUGGUGAUGUGUCGCCGCCUUAUGUCUGGAGUUUCUCCGAGUUUCUUGACCAGUACAAUGAGCUUUACGAGUGGCUUAUUCAAGUCCAGUUGAAGCUUUAUUCACAUUCUAACCCCCCAGACAAGGCUGCAAGGAUGGCACAGCAGGAGGAAUUACGCAGGCGCAACUUCAGGCGAACACUUUUUGUAGAGCAGGGUGAGCGAGUUGCCCAGCGAUACCCAAGCUCAGCUGAUGAGAUUAGCUGGCGCGCACAGCAGGAGGAAUUACGCAGGCGCAACUUCAGGCGAACACUUUUUGUAGAGCAGGGUGAGCGAGUUGCCCAGCGAUACCCAAGCUCAGCUGAUGAGAUUAGCUGGCGCGUGAACUACCUGAACAACAAGUGGGAUCAGCUGGAGAGCACCUUCACGCCUGCCAAGGGUCGCAAUCAAGAGGUGGAGGUAGAAUUAGACUUGGCCCAUGAAGAGGGCAUCUUACGGCGUUGGUUGAGUGAUAUGGAAGAGCAGAUCCAGCCCCUUACUUGCCGUCUGCCACGUGGCUGCUCCCUUCGACCACUUCAAGAUCGCUACAGAGAUAAUCAGAAAACGAAAUAUUCCCUUCGAGGGGUGUCUAAAAGAAUAUGA